AUGGAGUUUUUGAAACAGGAUAUUGACUUUGCUAUAUUGCAGUAUCAAAGCUGGCAGCCAAUCGACACGGACAAGACAGCCAAGGGCACCAAGGCGCCGUACUAUGGCAAUAUUGCUACGGCUUCAGCACUGGGCAACUUGACGGCAGGGUCCGUCAGCGUGGCGUCCAUCCCGCUGUCGUCAGACAUGGAAGCUGCAUAUGCAAUCUACGUCGAGGGCCACCUGAAGCGCCUGGUGGCGAUCAACAUGCACGGGUACAACACCACCGUGGACGGCGCAGGCGUGGCGCCGCUCGAGAACCCGGAGCCGCGGCCGCACAGGGCAUUUUCGUUCCUCGUAGGGGAUGACAAUUCUGCCGAUGUACACGCCGGGGUUCGCAGACUCAUGGCCAACGGCAGCGACGCCAUCACAGGCAUCACAUUUGACGGGUGGAGCUACAAUUACGAACUGGACAACGGCCGACCGGUCAAGCUGAGCAAUGUGACGACAGGAGAGAGUCUUGAGUCGAACAAGGGUGUAUUGUCCGUUUUGGUUCCUGAUUCCUCGGCGGCUAUUCUAGACAUCUAG